UAUGCAUCUUGCGUAUAACAAUUUGCUUUGUAAUUCUGGUUUUUCCCUUGACCCUUUUAAAAUCCUUCUGCAUAUAUAUGCUCACAUAGUGUUUAUAGUUUUGGAGAGUGAGAAUAGCCAUGUCUACUUCAAAGAGCGUCAGCAGUUCUAGCGAAGAUGACAAUGAACUUAGAAGAGGGCCCUGGACUCUUGAAGAGGAUAAUUUGCUCUCCCAAUACAUUUCUGACCACGGGGAAGGCCGAUGGAACUUGCUGGCUAAACGUUCAGGAUUGAAGAGAACUGGAAAAAGUUGCAGAUUAAGGUGGCUAAAUUAUCUAAAACCAGAUGUGAAACGAGGAAAUUUAACCCCACAAGAGCAACUUUUAAUUCUUGAACUCCACUCAAAGUGGGGAAACAGGUGGUCAAAAAUUGCACAGCAUUUGCCCGGAAGAACAGACAAUGAGAUCAAGAACUAUUGGAGAACAAGGAUUCAGAAACAGGCGAGACAUUUGAAAAUUGAGACUGACAGCAGAGAAUUUCAAGAACUUGUAAGGCGUUUUUGGAUGCCAAGAUUGCUUCAGAAGGUAAAAGAGUCAUUGUGUUCUUCGGCCAUGUCAAUUGAGAAUCAGGCAAUUCCUUUGGUUCAUGAUGAUGGUGUUUCUCAACAGUCAACUGUUGGGACCAUACCAUGGCAGGGAGCUUGCGUGAGUAUGAAUGGAGGUAGUCCCACUUAUAUGGACCAACAUGAGCAGAACUCAGACUCUGAACACAACAGUGGUUCAUGCAUCUCCUUUUCUGAGUCAGCAAAUAUUCCAAAAGUGUCUCAUCAUUUUGGAAACACCAUGGACCAAUUCAAUUCCUUAAGCAACAAUGACUUUGGCACUUACUCGUAUGAUCCUUAUCAUGUAAAUGACAAUGCCUAUGAGAUGGAGACCUUCAAAACAGCAACUGCAAAGGUGGCUCAGGAUGUGCAAUACCCAAUUGCUGACUGUCAAACGGCAGGAACCGAUUGGCCAAGCAACGAUUUUGCAUGUACCAUGUGGAACAUCGAUGAACUGUGGCAGUUUAGCAAGUUACAAAAAUAAGAUUUUUAGGGUUUCUGAAUUUUGGAAUAACCCAAACACUGUCUUUGAUGAUGUUAUUGUGGAUUGGCUACCAAAUUAAUCAAUUCAGAGAUGGUGAUUGUUUUCUGUACA